AUGUCCGGCCUCGAAAUCCUCGGCAUAGCAGCCAGCAUCCUCCAGGUCGCCGACCUCGGCGCCACCGUCUCCGUCAAACUGUGCACCUUCUACCGCCAGCUCAAAUCCGCCGACCAAUCGGCGCAGAGUCUCUCAAGUGAGGUUGCGCUCACCUGCAGCAUCCUCCGUCAACUAGGCGAGAAUCUGAAGCAGGACGAGCAGACGCGGCUGUAUUCUGCGCAGGCGUUCGAGACCGCGCAGGAGGUGCUGCGUGAGUGCGAGAAGGUCUUUAGGCGGAUCAGUGCGGCAGUUGAUGAGUCGCGGGCGGAUGCGACGAAAAAUGCCAUUCAGCGGGCAGCCAGGCGGUUGGGUUUUGUGUUGAUGGAGAGGGAGCUGGAUAUGUUGAAGGGCAAUCUGGAGAGGUUGAAGUCGACAAUGUUGCUUCUGUUGAAUGUGAUUAUGUAUGCGGGGCAGUUGCGGAGUCGGGCGGAGUCGUCUGUUCUCCAGGAGCAGAAGGGCUUGAUCAAGGUGCUGGUGGAGGAGAAGAAGGCGAGCGAGGCGCGACUCGAGGAGUUACGGCGAUUCGACCAAUUGGUCAAGGAUCUUGGGUCUGCCAAUCUCAACCACUCUCAGGGAUCAGCUGGGCAAGAAGCGCUCCCUCCGUACGAGUCCCUGGCACAGGAGGACGCAUUACGUGAACUUCGGACGUAUCACCAGCUGAUUAAGCGGCUCCUCCAAGAAGUGGAUGCGAGCAGGUCGGGCAUUGAGCGGAGCCGGUAUUUGAGAUUCAGAAACGGAGUGGUCAAGGCGCAUGCAGCCGAGGUUGAAGGGUUUCGACGGGCUCACGGCGAGAUUGUUACUCGACUAUUCGAGGAUCCGCUCUUUAGCCUUGCUCCUGAAACGGAGGUCGUCGAUACACACAAUCAAGAGGACGACAACACUGAGGAGGCUGAAAGACGAGAACGCAAAAGAAGGCGAGACGAGGAACUUACACGCCAUAGGAGGUUGCCUUCCGAGUCAUAUGAUAGGGAUCGUCUACCUUUACAGCCAUCGGGCUUUAACCCGUACGCUGGUCAGAUCGAGCGUUCUGCUCCUCCGAUUGAAAUGGUCUAUGACAGAAUACCGCCUUUCUCCGACUACGAAGGAACUAUUGAGGGCAUUCCUCGGCGUAUCAGUCCUAACAUGGCUUCUCGUCAUGCUCCGUCGGAAGGCCAGCCUAUUACCAGAACGAUCGGGCGGCAGGUCAACCACCUUACUCGACAACGACAGGCUCCUCGCAGGGGCGAGGCAACGCCAUUGGCUGGCUACGAGGUCUAUCUUGAUAUCUCAGUUCCCGAUACGAAGACAGAGCUAGAAGCCAAGGAAGCUGCUGAUGCGGUGGACGAUUUACUUCUGAAAUGGACGACUAUAGCCGAAUGA